CACGCCGAGAUUAAAUGUGUGGAUGUGUUUCAGUUGGAGUAAUAUUGAAGUAGUCGCCCACAGUCAAUGGACUGUUGAAGUUGCCGGCGGCCGGUGAGCAGUUUGCGUAGCUGGGUGGGUUAACGCCGGCGACAGGAGGGAUUUAAAGCGUAAAUGUGCUCCGUGAAUCCGCCAGCUUGAAAGUCAAAUUCUUCCUCUGAAGCCCCUCUGACUGUAGCUGCUGUUAUCAGAUAUGGCAGGUGAAUUACCUGGAGGACAACAGCUACAAGAAGAUGCACAGUCAUACUCACAUUAGUGUCGCAUUGUGUUAAAAAAAGAGGAGUUAGUGUGAUGGUUUUGUCGCGGUAAAGGACGUGAGUGAGGCGCACAGCUUGGCCGAAACCCACCGUUUGGCGAGCAUCAGUUGACGGGCCAUAAAGUGGCUGUAAAGAUCCUAAACAGACAGAAGAUCCGCAGUCUCGAUGUCGUUGGGAAGAUCAAACGAGAGAUCCAGAAUCUCAAACUGUUCAGACACCCACACAUUAUCAAGCUGUACCAGGUGAUAAGUACACCAACAGAUUUCUUCAUGGUCAUGGAGUAUGUGUCUGGAGGUGAGCUGUUUGACUACAUCUGCAAACAUGGACGGGUGGAGGACACUGAAGCCCGCCGCCUUUUCCAGCAGAUUAUCUCAGCUGUGGACUACUGCCACAGGCACAUGGUGGUCCACAGAGACCUCAAACCUGAGAACGUCCUGCUGGAUGCCAGCAAGAACGCCAAGAUAGCUGACUUUGGGUUGUCAAACAUGAUGUCAGAUGGGGAGUUCCUACGGACAAGCUGUGGCUCGCCCAACUAUGCUGCUCCAGAGGUCAUCUCAGGAAGACUCUAUGCAGGCCCAGAGGUGGACAUCUGGAGCUGCGGCGUGAUCCUGUACGCCCUGCUUUGCGGCACUCUGCCCUUUGACGAUGAGCACGUCCCCACGCUGUUCAAGAAGAUCAGAGGAGGCGUCUUCUACAUCCCCGAGUACCUGACUCGCUCUGUGGCCUCGCUGCUCAUGCUCAUGCUGCAGGUGGAUCCUCUGAAGAGAGCCACCAUCAAAGACAUCAGGGAACAUGAGUGGUUUAAGCAGGACCUGCCAGGCUACCUGUUCCCCGAGGACCCCUCGUAUGAUGCUACAGUCCUGGAUGAAGAGGCUGUCAGGGAAGUGUGCGAGAAGUUUGAAUGCACUGAGUCUGAGGUUGUGUCCAGCCUUUACAGCGGGGACCCACAGGAUCAGCUAGCAGUAGCUUACCACCUCAUAAUAGACAACCGGCGCAUCAUGACCCAGGCCAGCGAGUUCUACUUGGCCUCCAGUCCUCCCCAGGGCUCCUUCAUAGAAGAGGGCAUGCCGCUGCCCCCCGGGAUCAAACCCCACCCAGAGAGGAUGCCUCCGCUGCUGGCUGACAGCCCCAAGUCUCGUUGUCCUCUGGAUGCUCUCAACACCACUCGGCCCAAACCGCUAGCAGUGAAGAAGGCCAAGUGGCACCUCGGUAUCAGGAGCCAGAGCAGACCCUAUGACAUCAUGGCUGAAGUGUACAGGGCCAUGAGACAACUCAGCUUCGACUGGAAGGUGGUGAACCCGUACCACCUGCGAGUGCGGAGGAAGAAUCCAGUGACGGGAAACCUGGUGAAAAUGAGCCUGCAGCUGUAUCAGGUGGACAACAGAUCCUACCUCCUCGACUUCAAGAGCAUCGAUGAUGACAUCAUCGAGGCAGUUGGCUUUAAAUCGGGCUCGUCCACUCCUCAGAGAUCAGGCUCUACAGCUGGACUACACAGACCCAGACUGAGCAUCGACUCAGUGAGCCCCGCGAUUGAUCUGCCCCAGCUCAGCUCCUCUCUCCCGGGGUCCCUGUCUGGUAGCAACCCUCUACUCACCCCCCGUCAGGGAUCACACACCAUGGACUUCUUUGAAAUGUGUGCCAGUCUCAUCACUACGCUGGCACGCUGAGAUGCAUCCACUCCUAACCUCGCUGUAACCUCGAUGUCAGUGGGGUUUUUAAGCCAAUUGCUGAUCCGGGACGUAGGGGAGUGUAGAUGUUAGGAGUGACUUCCUCUCUCUGUCUCCUCUCCAUCUCCGUUCCAGUUGUAUUGGCCUGGAAGGGUGAAUGGAAGUGUAAAAAGCAAAGCCUGUCACUUCAGAUUAGGGAGACACAGAGAGGAAUCCUUUCUCAGAGAGGCAGAUUAAUAGCUUUUUUUUUUUUCUUUUCGUAUUUUGACACAGUCCUUGGAUCAGAGUCUCAGAGUUUAAACAUGCAGCCACAGCUUAUGACAACUGAUCCUGGGACUGGAAUCUGUGACAUAUUGAAGGCCAUAGGCAAUAGGUCACAGCACGCAGUCGUGUCGGAGUCAGGAAAGGUCAAGUCCACUGUCACUCCUCCCACAAAUACCUUCAAUCUAUAUCAACUGCUGAAACGUCAUCGCCUACCAUAACACUAAAUGGCGGGAAAGCCUGCUGAGUUUUCCCCAAACACUGAUCGGAGGUCAGUUUUGCUUCUCGUCUUAUAUUUUGAUGAAGGUUGUUAAAAUUGACAUAAAAUCUGUGUCUGAGGGAACGUUAGCACAUGUAAAAUUUAUUUUCAGGUUUUAUAUUCUAUGGUUUGUAAAGAAACUUUUGUUAUCCAUGUAUAUUAUAUUUAUAUUACAUAGCUGAAAAGGUUGACAAGGGUAUACCAAAUAACAGACUUUAUACUCCAUAAAGAAGAUGAUUAUUAUUUAGAUAUCAGAUCCAUAUUUAUUUUUGAGAGAUUGUUUUUUAGGCGCUGUAGUUAUAUUAUUUAAGCACUGCAUCGACGUAGAGUUUUAUCCUGAUUUUGAAUAGAUUGUAGAAGAUUAAUGAACCUAGAGAGGCAGCGGGAUAGUCGGGCGAUAAUACUCUGCAUGGUGCCGACUGUGUCCUGCAUUUAGUGAUGAAGCACAGAUACACACCAUCUAACAUGAGUUUUCACAGCCACCGUAUUACCUGACUUCUCGCACAGCUAUGGUCACUUCUCGCACAGCUAUGGUCGGUCUCUGUGUUUUUCAAAGAUGCCGUUCAUACCGUACAUCUGCUGUUUCUUUCCCCACACAACCAUCAUUUUAUACAUUCAGUAACUGUCAUAAAUAUGCAACAACACACACACAGACUCCUCUACACUUCAGUUUAGCCCUUAACAAAUGACAAGUUGAGCAACUGCUAAUAUGCUGCUCAGCCAUGCAUGCACAGAAUGUAAUUUAAAAAGCGCGAGCAGGCCAGAGAUAUCAGGAGGACAGACAUGGCAGGCAGUCACAUAUGCAGUAAGCUGAAAAAGACAGACGCCAUGUGCUGUUUGUAAUGAAAAGUGUAGCAAUUUUUAGGGCUACAAUUAUUAACUAUCUUCUUUUUUUUUUUGACUUAAAGGUCCAGUGUGCAGGAUUUAGGGGGGGUCAUCAUUUUCUUUAGUGUAUAAUCACCUUAAAAUAAGAGUUGUCGUGUUUUUGUUACCUUAGAAUGAGACGUCUAUAUCUACAUAGGGUGCAUGUCCUCGUCUAAGGAGAUGGCAAAGUUUCUACAGUAGCGCAAAAUGGACAAACCAAACACUAGCGCCAGACAGGGCCGUUCACGUUUUCGCAUCAGCCACCAUAGUUAGCAGCCUCUCCCCGAUAAGCAUGUCAGAAAAAUACAUUUUUGUAAAUGUAAAACUGCAUUAUUCAGUGAUGUAACUGGUUUAAAUCACCAGGUCCAUUUGUUUUGGAGAGGAAGAGACCUCUAUGGUUAAUUUAGCUCCUGGUAAAAACCUGAACUCCUGGAUCUUCAGUUAUCAGAUCAACAGGUAAGCAGAUAUUAGUAGGCACAGCUGCAAUGUGCCAAACAGCGUAGGAGAAACUGCUUUGUUUAGUGUUUUUAAUCACCAAGUCUGUUUGUUUUAGAGAGGAAGAGACCUCUGCAGAUAAUUCAGCCACCUGAACAGCCAAAAGUGAAGGAAUUGUAACUGGGAUUGUUUCAGCUGGUUUCAGUGGGUAAUCCUCACUGCUAAAUCCCCCUGAAUCUUACACGCUGUUCCUUUAAGCCUUUUAAAAUGAGAAAAUGUGCAUCAGAAUUUAGAGCCUAAUCUGAGGUCUUGAAUCAGAGCAUAUGUUAAUAUUUACUUGAUAAAUUGCUCCAAUAGUCGAUCAAUUUUCAAAAUUGCUACCAAUCAUAUUAGCAGAGUUAAACUUCAUUAGCCCUGAGUCUGUGUAUGUGAACAGAUAAUGAGGUGAUGAUGAUAAUCAAUGAGAAAUCAAAUGACAAAUCCAUGCGAGGUGGUGUGUAUCUGCUGCAGGACAGUAUAAGCCACAGAAACCUUUCUCCAGUUGCCUUAAAGAAUGCAACACAGUAACUGUGCAUAUGUUUAUGGAGAGUGUGUGUAUGAGCCAGUGUGUGUAGUGGAGAUGGGUAGAAUGUGUCACACGAUCGUCAUGUUUUUCUCACUGACUUUGUUCGGAGCAUCUCUGCAGUGCUUUGGGAGAUUGGUCAGUUGGUAGAAAGUGACAAAGGGACAUGGUGUUUGGUGUUUGUGUUUCGUCAUCGUCUGUUCAGUCUGCAUUUUAAAACUCGUGUGGAUUUACUGUUUUAUUGCCUCACACUAAACUUCACUGUAUCUGUUGUUUCUGCUCCUUUGUUUCAAUGGUGUUAUUUCUUAUGUAAAUGUUGAGCAUUGUCCUGUGAGAUCAGACCAUAGCUGAGUUUUGUGUUGUGUUGUCAUGGAAUAUUUUUUCAAAAUCAGUGUGAAAGUGAAAAGUGAAAGCUGGUGCUGCAGUGUAGCUAUGAUUAACUGAUCAAUUGUCAACCAUUAAAUUAAUCACUGACUCAUUUAAAGGAGCGAUAAGCGAAAUUCAUCAUUUCUAGAUUGAAGGAAUUAAAAAAUUGCUAUGUGAAGAACUAGAGGUGUAAUUUGAUCUGGAGUAUAGCAUGACCUCACACACCCUC